AUGCGUCUCCCGAGCUUUUCUUCUCUGCUGUGUCUGGCCGGCUUGGCAUCCGUCCCUGUUAACGGCUAUGCUGGCGACGACCCCAAUAUUAAAAGCAUCCCGCUCCGUACCCAUACUCUUGCGCCGCCAUACCUUGAUUCGGACUUCCAAAGCCGCUGGUUCGACUUCGGAGGAGAUACGGUGAUUCGCGCUGAUAAAUAUAUUCGUCUGACCGCAGACCGACCGUCGCAGCAAGGAUGGAUCUUCUCUCGCGUACCUCUAACCGCAACCAAUUGGGAGAUCGAACUUGAAUUCGAGGUUCGCGGAACCGGCAACCUCCACGGUGAUGGGUUCGCCCUCUGGCUCACCAAGCAGCGCGCCACCCAAGGCCCGGUCUUCGGCUCAACCGACCGCUUCGAAGGUCUCGGCAUCUUCGUCGACACAUACAAGAACAACCGCCCCGGCGCCCACGACGGCAAGGCCAACGAAUUGGCUGGCUGCUCCGCGCGUGGCCUCCGCAAUGCCCCCAUCCCCACUAAGCUCCGUCUUACCUACUUCCAGGACAAGUCCCUGACUUUGGACCUGCAGUACAAGACGGAGGAUUCCUGGACCAACUGCUUCACCCUCAACGCCGAGGACACGAACAUCGCCAUUCCCUCUGUCGCUUACCUGGGUCUCUCCGCCGAGACCGGCGAGCUGAGUGAUAACCACGAUAUUGUCUCUCUCAAGGCGGAGAACCUGUACGCGCUGAACCGCAACGCUGGUAGCAAGGGCUCCGAAGGUUCCAAGGGCCGUAGUCCUGGUAGCGGCAGCCGCUCCGGUCAAAAGGAGUCCGGUAGCUGGUCUUGGUUCCUCUUUAAGAUUGUGCUAUUCUUCGGUGCCUGUGUCGGUGGCUACUUUGGAUGGACGAUUUACCGGACGAAGGCUCGAGCCUCGCGGUUCUAG